UUUGUGUUUGACUUUUUUUUUUUGAAAUGUCUAUGAUGCUCAGCGACGGGGGCAGCGUGUCGGGGGGCUUGCAAUGCUCAAGAGGGCCGCAAACAUCGAAAGCGUUCCGAAACUACUUGAGUGAAUGCAAGCGGAAGUUUGCCCUAAAUCAGGUCAAUGUGGCGGCUCAGCGAUGGCGGAAGAUGUCGCUGGAACGCAGAGCCCGUUACCGCAAGUCUGAGAAAUCAUCCGAUGACGAGGGCGAUGACGGGGACAGUUGCGGCAAACGAAGAAGGAAGCGGCGGAGCUGCUCACAGAGCAAGCGCAAGGCCAAGAAGUCCUCUUGCGCUAAACGCAGACGCAAGAAGUCAGCCUGCCAGAAACGCAAGGGGACAAAAAAAAGCUGCGCCAAGCCCCGCCGCAAGUCGCGCUCCUCGCGUAGGAAGUCAAAAUGCUAAAGGACUGAGACUUUGAAGAAGACUGAGAAACAAAACCAACAAAACCACAAAAAACAAAAUGCACACAGUGGGCGGAGGAGGCCGCGAAUGAAACUCAACUUGCACCUGAAGAGACUCCAUUGGGGAAGGAGUCGCGAGUGUAUUUUCGCGAUUUUCCCACAUCUGGUGAUGCCCAGCCAAAGAAGUUUCACAGUUUGGACAGCCCCCCCACCCAGUCGCACGACUCGCUGCCUUCCUCACUGAAACUCCGUCCCAAGGCGCCCUCGUCGUUGCAGCCAAACGCGUAGAUAUCGCCACUAUGCAUGCCCCAGGCGCAAAAAUCCACAGGAUUGGGGAUGUUCUGCACCACAGAAAGACGCUUCCGCUUGUGGAUAUCCUCACCCAAGCCAACCCAAGCUGCCCGGUGUCGCCCGUGCCGCAUACCAGCACGCUGCCCACAGUCAGGCGUCGCUUGGGUAGUUCCAGGUGAAAAACAAUGUGCGCCCUUUUGGCCGGAG